GAAAAUGCAAGGAUAGUUCGAGUCCAUAAAUCAGCCUGCCACCUACUUCCGUACACUACGAAGCAUCCUAUGUAAGUGAGGAUUCUGGCCCUCCUUUUCGCGACGACUUGUUCCUGAGGGGUACUAUACAUGCUCAGUGGUCGCGCCAUGACGCGCCCAAAUCCGGUCCUUUCAUCCAACUAGCUCGAUUAUCCUGUCCUUCAGUCUCGCAGAAAGUGCAUCCUGCGACGCAGUGCGCCGACAGACACCAUGGCCGGCCUUCUGCGGUUCCGGUUCCUGGCGAUCGCCAUCAUCUUCCACUUCGUGUACAUAUUUUCUAUAUUCGACAUUUACUUUGUCAGUCCCAUCGUUUCAGGCAUGCGCCUCUUUCAAGUAGAACGACCAGCAUCGCGUCCAGCACCCGCAAAUCGCCUGGUCCUCUUCGUCGGAGAUGGUUUGCGCGCCGAUAAAGCGUUCCAAUCGCAUCCCGAGCCUUAUCCCGAGUCCGAUGACGACCUUGUGCCGAGACCCCUUGCACCUUUCUUGCGGUCCAAGGUGCUGGAGCAGGGGACCUUUGGUGUUUCCCACACCCGAGUCCCAACCGAAUCGCGACCCGGCCAUGUCGCUCUCAUUGCUGGCCUCUACGAAGAUGUCUCGGCCGUCACGACAGGCUGGAAGAUGAACCCUGUUAAUUUCGACAGUCUCUUCAACCGUAGCCGGCACACGUGGAGUUGGGGUAGUCCCGACAUUCUGCCAAUGUUCGAGCACGGCGCCGUCCCGGGCAGAGUGGACGCCUACACAUACGGGGCCGAGCUCGAGGAUUUCUCUUCCGAUGCCCUUGUGUUGGAUUACUGGGUGUUUGACCAUGUCAAGGAUUUCUUUGCGCAGGCUCGGACGAACAAAACGCUUAACGAUGCGCUGAGGGAGGACAAGAUAGUCUUUUUCCUCCAUCUUCUAGGAUUGGAUACCACAGGACACUUCUACCGGCCCUAUUCGAAGGAGUACCUCAACAACCUCAAGGUGGUCGAUAAGGGGGUACGCGAGAUUGUGGAGUUGAUCGAGAACUUCUACAACGACGAUCGGACCGCCUUUGUCUUUACGGCCGACCAUGGCAUGAGCGAUUGGGGCAGCCAUGGCGACGGCCACCCGGACAACACCCGGACUCCUCUGAUUGCUUGGGGCUCAGGGAUCGCCAAGCCCCAGCUGUACCCAGGGGAGGUGGCGCCAGGUCAUGACGAAUACUCGGCAGACUGGAAUCUCAACCACGUCCGGAGACACGAUGUUGCACAGGCCGAUGUCGCAGCGCUCAUGGCCUACCUCGUAGGCGUCGAAUUUCCAGCCAACUCUGUCGGCGAACUUCCCCUGUCAUACUUGACUGCUGACCUCAGAGAAAAAGCCGAGGCAUCCCUCGUCAACGCGCAAGGAGUCCUCGAGCAGUACCGCGUCAAGGAGGAAAAGAAGAAGGCCACAGAGUUGAAGUACAGACCCUACAAGCCCCUGAGCGACCCAGGGUUAGAUCCGGAGAGCCGUGUUGCUCACAUCCGGCAGCUCAUUGACACUGGGAAUUACGAGGAAGCCAUCGAGGAGUCAGCCGCUCUUAUGAAGGUCGGUCUCGGCGGUCUAAGGUAUCUGCAGACGUACGAUUGGCUGUUCUUGAGGGCUCUCAUUACAGUAGGGUAUCUGGGAUGGAUAGCAUAUGCACUGACUGUUGUCAUUGACCUGCAUGUGCUGCAUGGACGUCUGCAACCAUCCAGGACCCUGCCUGGGGCCGUCAUAUUUUCGUCCGCCUUGGCCGCGCUCUAUGCGUCCUUCGUCAUUUCGAAGUCGCCUCUCACUUACUAUGCAUAUGCCUUCUUCCCUGUAUUUUUCUGGGAAGAAGUAUAUGUUCGCCGAGAGAGCCUAGUAGAAGGCCGCAAGCAGCUAUUUGGACAUAUCAAGUCUGGUGGGAACCUCGCUUCACUGGUUUCCAACUGCGCGGUCUAUGUUGGAAUCAUCGAGUCGCUGGCUCUGGGAUAUAUCCAUCGCGAGAUCCUGACAAUCCUAUUCAUCAUCGGCUCCUUUUGGCCGGUCGCCUACGGCCUCUCAUUCUUGCAACGACACCUCGCCCUCUCCGUUACCUGGUUCCUCUCGUGUUUAGCCAUGAGCACGUUUACGUUGCUUCCAGCCAUGAAAACUGAGGAUGUCAAUCUCAUCAUGAUCGGUGGCGCAUUGAUGGUCCUCGUCGGCGUUCUCUACCUAGUCUUGGAGGACUUCAUCCUCUCUGACUUUGGACGCUCAGAGAAGCCUCCCUCCCCGAGGAAUCAUACUUCGAGGACGAUCGUAGGCAUCCAAGUUGGCCUGACCUUGCUCUCCAUGAUCGUUACCCGCUCGAGCGCACUGUCGCUGCAGGCCAAACAGGGCCUGCCCCGUGGAAACCAGAUUGUUGGUUGGGUCGUUCUUGUCGCCUCGUUCCUGAUGCCACUGGCAUACCGCCUCCAGCCCAAUAACCAUUACAUGCACCGGAUCCUAGUCAUAUUCCUCACCUGUGCACCCACCUUUGUCAUCCUGACCAUCUCGUACGAAGGCCUCUUCUACCUCGCUUUCUCAGCCAUUUGCGUCAGUUGGGUACGACUGGAGCAUGCCGUAUAUAAGUACCCGUCCUCCUUCUCCGCAACGACGGCCAACGGAGCUGCACCCAUAUCGGCAGCAGCAAACGGCUCAACUUCAGCCAAGAAGACGCCGUCAGCAGAAGACACCCACCAUCUGCCCGGCCCGUUCCGCGCCUUGACGGUCCACGACGCGCGCGUCGCCCUCUUCUUCUUUGUGCUCCUCCAGUCGGCCUUUUUCAGCACCGGCAACGUCGCCUCCGUCUCGUCAUUCAGCCUCGAGAGCGUCUGCCGCCUCAUCCCCAUAUUUGACCCCUUCUCCCAGGGUGCUAUGCUCAUUCUCAAGCUCAUGAUCCCCUUUGCCCUUCUUUCGGCCAAUUUGGGCAUACUCAACAAGCGGCUCGGCGUGGCGCCCUCGGCGCUCUUCAUGGUGGUCAUGGCCAUCAGCGACAUCCUGACGCUCUACUUCUUCUGGGUAGUCAAGGACGAAGGGUCAUGGCUCGAGAUUGGGUCGACGAUCAGCCACUUUGUGAUUGCGAGCUUGUUGUGUGUUUUUGUAGCGGCCCUCGAAGGGGUUAGUGCCAUGUUCAUUGCCGGGGUUGAGGUUGAAGAUGAUGUUGCGAGGGUGCUAGGGGGUGGUGAAGCUGCGGAGGUGUUGCUGGAGAAGACUAAUGAAAGGUUUACGGAGGACGUGACUAGUGAGGCUGCAGUUGACGCUCCCGCCGCCGCCGCCGGUGGGAAGUGAGAUGACACUUGAUUUUCUUGUACAUACAUAUGCCCUUUAGACGCACGAUAUUUAGAGCAUAGAGUGCAAUUGAUAUGUGAUGG